AUGGACGACGCAAAAGAAGAAGAAGAAGAAGAAGAGGAUACUAAUGCUACUGUCACUGCCAUAAACAUUGUAGAGAACAAUGAUAACGAUCCUUGGGCAAAUGAUGGAUCGAUUCUCCCAGAUAGUAAUGCAUGUCAAUAUUAUCAAUUGAUUUCAUCGCAGGCUCCUACUGAAACAAUGAAUGAUGAUGACGAUGAUAAUGACGACGGUGAGCAUCAGCACCAGCAACAGCAGCAACAGCAACAGCAGCAACAACAAGAUGGAUCAAAUGGUAUGCUUUCACUGGACAUUGCGGAUACUCUAUUGAGGGGUCUAGAAGAAGACUACAAGGCAACACAUGCGCGUACCUUUGCAACCGAUUCUUCACCUGCGGUGAAUAAUGAGGUGAAAGAGGUGAAUGUGAAGGACGAAUCAGCUACUAUGGAUGAUAUCGGUGAAGCGUCUGUAAGAAUAGAAAAUGAGGAGAAGGAGAAUGGUGAAUCAUUGUUAGCAGAGGAUGAUGGAGGCGUCUACAAUGAGACGUCAGUGGAAACGAAUAAUGGAGAUGAUGAUGUGGUAUCCUUCCCCGUGCAUUGGAAUGACAAUGAUGAUGAUGCAAAGGUGGAUAUUGCUGUAGUGCGCAAAACGGUAGAAGGCAUUUCCAAUGAUAAUACUAGUAAAUUCAUGGAGAAAUAUUCGGCGUGGCACAAACGACAACAAGUUGACGAUUCGCAUGCCGUGAUUCCAUCUGCACCCUUUCGAGCAUUUCAGAGAGAUACGGACAAGGCCAAACGGGCCACGGCAUCCUUGUCACGAUCUGCCACGAUUGCAGAAGCCCUGUUGCGGUGUCAACAACAGAAUUUGUUACUAUUGAAACAACGAGAUACUCUGAUUGUGGAUGUCGUCGGAGUCGAUCACGUCGAGUGUGCUUCGAUUGGACGAAUCCAAGAGACCUUCAAACCAAUCGUCCGAUGGUUGGGAGCCUGGGGGUAUUUAUCACCAUCAUCAUCCGCAGCAACAGCAACAGCAACAACAACAAUAAACGCUAUUGAACUACGAUUGAUUGGACGAGAUCUCAGCAAAUCGGUCAGUGCGGAACCGAUUGAUUUGCUGACGACAGCGCUCGUCACACCCAAUAAUACUAAUGCGAUCCACAAAGCUACGGCCAGAUGCUUUUCCGAGAUUUGCUAUCAUGAUUGGCGGGCUUCCUUGAACGAAAGCAAUAACAAAAAUCCGGAUCUCAUCAUUGCCUUCAACGCUGGAGUUUGGGGUUACGUGGAAUGGGCGCCCACCUUGCAUGCUUUGGGACAAGGCAGCAUUGCUACACCGACAGUGAUCACUUCCUACACUUUGGAAGAAGCCCAAGAAGAUUUUGAAACGAUCGAAGAAGCAGUUGCGGGGACUGCCGCCAAGCUAAUAUGGGGUCCCGAGUCGAAUCCAUUUGGAAGCAAGGUUGUCCGAGACACCAAAUCCAGUUCAAGGGAGUAUCGGGAAAAUAGUGCCUGGCAAAUGUGGCUUUUGGGUGGUGAUGGUAGUGAGAAAUCAUGA